GCUCCAUUUCCCUCGACUACAUCUGGGCGGAUCGGACAGCUAUGACGAUGCUGGUGACCGAAGCGUAUCCGAUUUCUAUCGAAGUGCAAAAAAUGGUGUUGGAGCCAAUCGAUCUAGCUUAUGCUCGCAGCGUGAGGGACCUCCAACAGUUCUGCCCCAUCAAGUCUCCUAUCCUCGCCAAUCAGGGUUCGUCGACGGCACUUCCAGACAUCGCGUGGCGUAUCGAGAUGAGACGAAUGGUGGUAUAGAACUUUCCGUCCCCAAGCCAGACGAAUGGCGAAGUUAUAUCCUGACAGUUGACGAUGGAUGUAUCGCAUGCUCCACAAUGUCUAUGUGCUGCGCCGGUCGUUCCCUCCACGAGCUGCAAAACCAGUCGAAUAUCGGAGGAAGGAGAGCAAGCGGGAAGUAUAUCAUUCCGCAUAUUAGAUAGCGACGAAUGGAAUACGCAGCCACAUGACGCGCGAGACGGAUAUCCGGGUUCUCGAACAAGAAUCCCAACGCCUGUUCCAUUCCGUACAACGAGGAACGGCAUCCCAUCCAAACAGCGCGUCGAUGAACAUCUGAUUAUUGAAAAAGACUCCUCACUCAUCCAGUGCACUUACCUACCAGCUCUCCCUUCCCUCGACCCAACCAAUCCCUACCACACCCUACAUCUCCGCACUUCCCUUCCAUCUAGUACCCAGCACCCAGCCCAGCACCCACCCGCAUCGCACGACCAACACCUCCGCCCCUCUCUGCAGUGCGACCGUCCCCUAAGAGGCACGGCAACGGGCAGUCAGGGAUGGGGAGUCGCUGGUCGUGGGGUCCUUGAACCGGUGUGGAAUGGAGAUAGAGGGUAUGGAUUGACAAGAUGCCUGGACUUUCAGGUGGUACAGUCGCAUCGGUGCUGGUUUUAGGGGUUGUGACGCGUUGGAGUUGAGGGGAAUUGCGAGGGGUUUAAAGAAUGUAGGAGUGUGUAGAGUAGCCAUUCGUUGAGCGAAGAGAUGAGAGAGAGUACUGUAUUAUUAUUAAAAAUCGGAUGGACGAUGAAGAGCUGCGCGAUAUGUUGCUCGUCAUGUUAACACCGUGUAGGCGUAGCACAGCGAGUGGAACGAUAGGGACAACAUUGACUUAGAAGAAUCAAACGCAACGAAAUAAAGAACAUUCCUUUCUAGACUUGGCCAAUGCAUCGAUAAACCGAAAGAAUC